ACUGAUAUGUAUAUCUUCUAUAUAAAAUGAUAAAAAUAAAUGAAUACUAUCAUAUCAUUUAGUCGAAUCGAAGUAGUUCUGAUUCACGUUGUUUCUCCUCCCUCUUUUCACCGCCGACCGUCCAUCUCAAUUCCUGCGCCGCCGCUUCUUCUCGUCGCCGACGCCCCUCUCCGUCCAUUCCAGCGGUGCCGAUCUUCUCUCUCUACUCCACAAGCAUAUACACCGUGAGCAAAGACACCAACUUUCCUCUUCACAAGUCACUACAUAUAUCUGCAAAGAUGGGAGAGCUAGUUGCUGAUAAACAUGUUCGUUACAUACUAUCAGUUGAAAAGAAGAAAGAUAGUUUUGAAUCUGUUGUGAUGGAACAUUUGAGGAUGAAUGGAGCAUAUUGGGGAUUAACUGCCCUUGAUAUUAUGGGAAAGCUUGACACUGUGGAUACCAAUGAGGUUGUUUCAUGGAUCAUGAGUUGUCAGCAUGAAUCAGGGGGAUUUGGUGGAAAUGUUGGACAUGAUCCACACAUCUUGUAUACGCUGAGUGCCGUGCAAGUGCUUGCUCUCUUUAAUAAGCUGGAUGUUGUUGAUGUAGAUAAAGUCACAAACUAUAUUGUCAGCCUGCAAAACGAAGAUGGGUCUUUUUCAGGUGAUAUAUGGGGUGAAGUUGAUACCCGGUUCUCAUACAUUGCUAUUUGCUGUGUAUCGAUAUUACAUCGCUUGGAUAGAAUAAACGUGGAGAAGGCGGUGAAAUACAUUAUAAGUUGCAAAAAUAUGGAUGGUGGUUUUGGUUGCACACCUGGUGGAGAAUCUCAUGCUGGACAGAUUUUCUGCUGUGUGGGGGCCCUUGCUAUAACUGGGUCGCUAGAUCUUAUUGACAAGGACCUACUUGGUUGGUGGUUAUGUGAGAGACAAGUUAAAUCUGGAGGUCUGAAUGGGCGCCCAGAGAAACUCCCUGAUGUAUGCUACUCAUGGUGGGUUCUUUCUAGCCUGAUCAUGAUUGAUAGGGUUCACUGGAUCAGUAAGGAGAAGCUUAUAAAGUUUAUCUUGGACUGCCAGGACACAGAAAAGGGUGGUAUUUCAGACAGACCAGAUGAUGCUGUGGAUGUUUUUCAUACAUACUUUGGGGUGGCUGGACUUUCGCUUCUUGAAUAUCCUGGAUUGAAACCGAUAGACCCAGCUUAUGCUUUACCUGUUGACGUUGUAGAUCAAAUUUUCUUUAGUAAAUAGGGACUUGGAGUUCAAGAACGUUAUCAAGUAAUGAUAAAGUCUUGUGUUUAGAUUCAUAAGCUCUUUAAUUCUUAGUAAUUGUUGUAUUCAAUUUUCUGUGUAAAACAUCAACUAUUUGACCAUCUAAUAGCUAAAUUUACAGUGAUACUGUUCUCCAUUA